AUGCUUCAGCGACACUUUGCUCUGGCGCCGCGUCCAAGAACCGUUCCAGCAUAUCUGACAAACCGCCCAUUUGCGCCUCGGUUCAAGAGAUACCAGGCCUUCGACACCGGGCUCGAUCAAGAGGCUCUUUCUGAAGCUCGCUCGUGGUUUCAAUCUUUCAGCUCAUCACAGCUGCCGCGAGGAAAUACCACAUACGCCCGCUCGAGUGGACCAGGAGGUCAACAUGUCAAUAAGUAUACACCGUAUCCAUUGGGACAACUGCUGUCAGUACUCCCCAAGUCAUUACAUCCUGGCAUUCGCAAGUCCAGGUACUACACAGCAACCAAUGACUCUUUGACCUUCCAAGCCCAAGAUUCACGAUCACGGGAUGCGAAUGCGGAAGACAACAGAAGAAAGCUCAUUGAGGAGGUAACAAGCAUCUACAAAGAUGUGAUACCUGCUGAGACAAGCGCGGAAAAGAAAAAGAAAUAUGAGGAGAUGUCAGUCGCUUUAUUUGUUGUAUAA